AUGAACUCAUUUCACGAACAUUCUCGCCGCUACAGUCCCCGGACUCCGCUCCCCUUGUCGCCGUCGGAUACAGACGGCCACAUCCAACUCGAGAAAACCCUCAGCAUCGUCUUCGUCGCCGUCUUCUUCAUCACCUUCGGCUACCUCAUCCUCAAGCCCAUCUACCGCUGCCUCGACCGCUGCCGCCGCCGCCGCCGCGAUCUCCAGCCAACCACCAAUUACCACAACGAAACCGUCGAUAUCGUCCCCGCCCGGUUCUCUGAUGCUUAUUUACGGGGCAUCCCCGUGCGGGUGUUCGGCUCGGAAUCAUCUCCUUCUUCCGACAAUAGUGGUGGCGGCGGCGGCGGCGGUUCGGAGGAGAAGGAGAGCUGCUCGGUGUGCUUGGCGGAGUACGUGGAAGGCGAGGAGACGCGCGUGCUGCCGCGGUGCAAGCACAUGUUCCACAAGGCCUGCAUCGAUCAAUGGCUGCUUACGAGGUCGCACCUCUGUCCGAUAUGUCGCGCCAGGGUGAUCGAGCUCGACGUCCGCAGAGAUCGCAUCGAGAAUUAUCGUAACACGAGUCGCGACAGGGUGAGGCUGCAUUUGGAGGCGCUGGUCAACAUGGGUCCACUUCCUCGCGUCGCGCCUGUCUUCUAA